AUGUCGGGCGGAGACAACAUCACACUAUCCUCCAAUGUCCUCGGCACAAUUGGCACAGUGCUGUGGUGCAUUCAGCUCAUCCCGCAGAUCUGGUAUAACUACCGAAGAAAAAAGACAGAUGGCUUCCCAGCUGCUAUGAUGUUUCUAUGGGCCAGUUCGACGAUGCUUUGUCUGGGAACGAGUGCAUUGUUUGGUGGACUUGAGGCUCUUUUGAUUCUUACGUUGCGGAUUCCUUACAACAAAGGCGUUACAUGGCCUGAUAUUGUAGUUGGUGUAAUCGCUGCUGUACUCCUCAGUGCAGGUUUACUACCUCCUUAUUUUGAACUUUGGAAGCGAGAUGGCCGUGUGAUCGGAUUCACGGCACAAGGCAGUUUCGAUAUUCUGGGUGGUAUUAUGUACAUCCUCGUUGUGGUCUUGGAAGCUGGUAUAUAUCUCAGCCAUAUUAUCUGGCGGAUUCGAUAUCGCAAGCUCCGAAAAGAGGCGAAGAGCUCGGGAAUAAGUAUUGAUGAUUUGCUUGCAUUGAACAGGAAUGAUACAGAAGAAACUCGAGAUACUCGAAUAAGUACUCUGGGGUCUGUGGAUAUUGAGAAGCAGGCGGCUGCCAGUGGGCAGUCACCGCCACCUCGAUUAAAUGAACAGCCACUGGAUGUAGGUGAAAAGUGUUAA